AGCGCCGGCAGCGCGGAGCUCGGUGCGGGGCAGCGCCGGCCGGCCCCGCGGCGCCCGCACCCCGCAGAAGCCCUGGGCCCCGCUGUCGAAAUAGCAUGGGAGAGCCCCUGCCCGGGCAUGGGCAGUGCUGAGGAGCUGGAGGCCCUGCAGCGCCUGGGCCAACAGCCUGCCCCCGAGGCCACGUGCCAGCCCAGCGCCCCGGGCUGCCAGCCGGCGGGCGAGGCCCUGCACCGCGCCCACUGCAGCACGGGGGAAACGGCCAUGAGGAACUGCUGCGUGAAUGAGCGGGGGGUCCCGGACAGCCAGGAGAGUGGUGCCGGUGCGGGCAGCCCCAGCCCUGCGGGGAAGGCCCCGGCCCCAGACAGCUCCAGCCCCGUGGGGAAGGCCCCAGAGCCCUCGGAGGGGGGAGCUGCUGCCAGUGCCGCCACGGCGCUCCCAGGCUCUGGCGCAGGCACGAGGCUGUUGGAGAAGAGCGGUGAGAGCACGCUGGUGCCCGGGAACUGCUCAGGACAGGACGGCGAGGCAGCCCCUGUGGGGACAGCCAGCAGCCUGGCCGGCGUCUGCAGCCCCCCCGGGAGCACCAGCCCGAUGGAGCCUGCAGACGGGCCGUCUCCCCUCCCCGUGCUGGAGCCCUGCCUCAAGGCGCACGGCAAGGACUCGGGGAGCGCACCGGCCCCUCUGAAACAUGUGGCAUUUCUGGAGCCAGCCACGAGAGAUGCCUUGGCCGGCGGCACCGGGGCCGACAAGCCCUGCCCCACACCGUCGGCCCUGGGCCCCCCCCACAGCCUGCCGGAUCAGGCCCUGCCGAGCACAGAAGCCGCAUGCCCGCCCGAUGGUGUGGGGUUGCAGGGCGACUCCCAGGGCAGCGCCCAUGAGAAGGCACCAGCAUCUCCAGCCCAGCCUGAGGCCCAGCUGGGGCCCCCGGCUGAUGCUGUUGUGGGGAGCCCUGGGGACCCAGUGCCCUGCGCCCCCGCUCCACUGGUGAAGGAGCCUGCUCCGGGCAGCCCAGGAGAGGCACCGGGGCAAGCAGACGCAGCCCUGCCGGAGCAUGCGGGGCAGACGGGGCUCCCCUCCCCGCCCUGCCUCUCCGAGCCCAGCCCUGCCGGCAGCCCAAGCGCAGCGCUGGAGGCCUCCUCGGCCGUGGACCCGAAAACCGACGGGGCAGGCAAGGUGGGCGAGCCCCAGGCGGCUGCAGCAGGUGAGCCGUGGAGAGCGGACCGCGCUGGGGCGCUGCGGCCGGCACUGUCCAAGGGCUGCUCGUUCGAGGUCACGCCCCCGCCGCAGGACGCCGGGACACAGGACACCGCCACGCAAGUUGACAGCCGGGCAUCCCUGGUGUCCGUGGCCGUCAGCCCCAUCAACCCCCCGGGCAGCGCCUCGGCCUUCCCCUUCCAGACCCGGGGGCACCUCGUGUCAGUAGCCGUCAGCCCCAUCAACCCCCUGGACGGGGCCUCGGCUUUCCCUUUCCAGAGCCAGGGGACGGGCAGCACCGUGGCCCCGAGCAGCCCCGCCCCGGCCAAGAAGGAUGCAGAGAUGCAGGUGUCCAUGUCGGUGGAGACGCGGUCGGUGGCCACAGGGCCCAUGACGCCGGUGAGCAAGUCUCCCCAGGCUUCGUACCCCGAGGUGCGUGUGAAGGGGGCGGCCGAGGAGGCGCCCGAGCCCAUCCGGGAGGUGAGCUGGGACGAGAAGGGCAUGACGUGGGAGGUGUACGGCGCCGCCAUGGAGGUGGAGGUCCUGGGCAUGGCCAUCCAGAAACACCUGGAGAAGCAGAUCGAGGAGCACGGGCGGCAGAUGGUGCUCACGCCCCAGAGCACCCGCGCCAGCUCCAUCAAGGGGGCCCCGCGGGGCAAGGCCAAGGCCAAGCGUCCGCCCAGCGUCUUCCGGGCCCUGCUGCAGAACGUGCGGCGCCCGCGUUGCUGCUCCCGCGCUGGCCCGGCCGCCGAGUGAGCGGGGCGGCACCGCGGCCCGGGGUUUCUCAGGCCAGGGGGUGGGGAGCAGUGCGCAGGCUCCGCGGGCUUGGGCGCCGGUCCGGGAGCUGCGGGAGGGCCCAGCUGGGAGCAAGCAGGGACUGGGCUGCGAGGCGCGGGGGCCAGAUGCUGGGCUCCGGGCAGGCACCCCUGCUGCCCACGGCUCUGGGCCUGUGAGCGCUUCCUGCUGGCUCCCAGCUGGGCCAGGCUUGCCCUGCUCCCCUGGCCCGUGGGUCAGGGCUGCACAAGCUGCCAGGAGCCGGCCUCGGCCCUGCACGGGGCCUCGUGUCAGCAGCCCCCAGGAGGCUGCCGGCUCCAGCGAGCAGCUCGGCGCAGCCUCACCCAGCACCCAGUGCAGGGUCGCUGCUCCCCCUGGCCCUGCCGGAGCCCGGGCAGGAGUGCACAGCGAGAGCCCAGGCUGCCCAGCCCCUCCGGUGCCCGGCUGUUUUGCCACAAUGCAGCUGAGGGGCCGGGGCCUGGACUCUGGUGGCCUGUGCGGGGCAUCGGGGCAGAGCCCCAUGCUGCUGGCACGAGGGACCACGCUCCCAGGGGGUGGGGGGAGGGAGGAUCACACUGCAGUCACUUGCCUGAGAAACCCCGACUGCCUGGGGGGGCCUGUGCCCAGAGAGCGGGCGUGGGGGAUGUGUGUGCAUCUCCAUGCACAUGUCCCCAUGUGUGUGUGUCCCUGUGCACGUGCCCACAAGUGCACGUCCCCGUGCACAUAUCCCCAUGCGUGCAUGUCCCCGUGUGCCCGUCCCCCUGUACACGUCCCCAUGUGUGCAUGUGUCCCCAUGUGCACGUCCCCAUGCACAUGACCCCAUGCGUGCGUGUCCCUGUGUGCCUGUCUCCCUGUGCACACGUCCCCGUGUGUGUGUGGCCCUAUGUGCACAUUCCCAUGCACAUGUCCCCGUGCGUGUGUCCCCCUGUGCACAUCCUCAUGUACAGGCUCCUCUCUGCAGCGACAGCGGCUCUGCACGGGGGUGUCUGGUGCAGCCACUUUUUACAUGUGGGGUU